AUGGUACAAGCUUCCGACGAUGUCGACGAUGCCCUUAUAUCCAACCUUGCAGCUCGUCUCCAGCACCUGGUGGACGAUGUAGAGCGAGUCUACACCACCGGAUCUCGAAAUGUGCGCACAGUUCUGCGGCGGCAACAUAUCAACUCCCUUCAUCCAACUUCUGCUCGACCGCUAUGCCGACUUCUUGGAGAAGACCAACUGAUGAAAGCCCUCCGCCUUUUGUCAUUGAAAUUAGCUCUGUUCACGCUAGCCCGGAUUUAUGAUGAAUGUCAUGUUGCUUUAUGUCGAGCGAUGGCGGCGGCCCGGAAAGGUGAUGUUCUUUACGAGGGCUUCAGUCGAAAUCCAUGCGUUGAUCUCCGACGCCUUGCCGAUCAAAUUGGUCUGCAUGAGGGGAUUGUGCAAGACCAAAUAGUACUCGAAACAACUUUUGAGGAUGCGGCGCCAUUACGGGCCGUAUGGACGCCUGUCCUGCCCAUGUCCUUUGACAACCUGUCGCAACUGCAUUCUCUUUCUGAUCUUCUACCGGGUGAGCGGCGGCCUUGCCAUGAGUACGCGGGUAUUGGCGGGGGUGGAGGUUCCGACAUCAUUAGUGCAAGUCUGCUGGGUCACUUAUUACGUCCACAUAAGAAGCAAAUGGAUCUCUUAAUCUCGACUCGAACAUGGGCAACAGGAUCCCAGGGCAAAAAGGGCUCCAAAUUGGGGAUCAAGCGCGAGGUGUACAAUCACGGGGGUGCAGUUGAAGCGCAUGGACGACCUGUUGCUGGAACAUUUCGCGUGCAAAAUGGCACUACCGCCGAGGGUCGCGAUCUCGAAGCAAUCCCGCUCCAAUAUCAUUCCCAGAUAUUCAUGGUGCUGGACCAGGGCGAAUCUAGCUCGCAGAUCUCCGAGGCCGACAAAGCCGAUCUUACAGAACAAUUUCAUGCCGUGCUGGCUCAGGCCAAGCCACCAAUAGAGACUGUUCUCAUAGUAGACACAGGAGGGGAUGUUUUCGGCGCUGACUCGAACGGCGCUGCGACGCCAGACCAAGAUUACCGGGUGCAGAAAGCAAUCACUCCCCUGUCAGACGAGUACAAUCUCGUGACGGUGGUGGUGGCUCCCGGUGUCGACGCUCCAAAUGAUGCGCCACAAAAAGCCUCGAAAGCCGGCGGCGUGGUUUAUAAACCCACGAAAGAGGAGAACCUGAUGCUGCUUGAUCUGCUCGCGACUAAAUAUAAGAUGGACGGUUCAGACCCCAGCAGAUUCGGGAAGACAACACUGGCUCUGCAGGCACGAUUACGGGGAGUGGUUGGGUGGACUUCGGUGGAUCUGCCGCCUUAUGUUAUUGACACAUGGGAGAAUCCCUGGAAUAGCUUCGUGUACAUCCGGGAGUGUAUGAGCGAUAUCAUUCUGAUGCCAACACCGGAGUUGCUGCCGCUGAUUGAGCCGGCGAAGAAAAAACGGGGCCUAUAA